AUGUCGAAAAUUGUCCUCAUUCUCGGCGGUGGUCCCAAUAUUGGGCUCAAUAUUGCUCGUGUUUUCUCAUCGAAAGGAUCAUACAAGACCCACAAACGCAUUUUUGAUGAAGUGAAACAGAACUUUGGAGUUCCAAAUGUUGUUGUGUAUAAUGCCGCAGCGUUAACAGUCACUCCUGAUCCUCUCUCUGUGCCAUUGGAAACGUUCAAUGAAGACCUCAAUGUAGUCAUUACUUCAGCAUAUGCUGCUGCACAUGAGGCUGUAGAGGGAUUCAAAACUCUUCCUGAAGCUACUAAUAAGACAUUCAUUUACACCGGAAAUAUACUGAAUCGUCAAGUCAUGCCAUCUUUACUUGCGUUUGGCAUUGGAAAGUCUGGUGCAGCCCAUCUUAUCCAAAGUGCUUCAGAAGCGUAUAAGAAAGAUGGAUAUAGGUUCUAUUGGGCGGACGAACGAACGACAGACGGAGGGCCUAAAGGCAAGGCAAUCGAUGGUAAAGCACAUGGAGAAUUCUGUUAUGAAUUGGCGACGAGUGAGGAGCCUUUGACUUGGGAUGCCACUUUCAUGGCUGGAAAAGGCUAUGUUGACUUCAAUGGAAAACUGGAAUGA